GACCACUGCCGGGUGAUGCGGAACUUUGACUCUCUGCGGGCGGUGUUGGCGGGGUUACAGCUCCUGCCCGUGUUCCGUCUGGAGCGGACCUGGGACAUCCUCAGGACACAACACGCGGUCCAGUACAGGCUCUUUCUGGAGCUGUGUGAUCUGAUGAGUGAGGAGUCCAACUAUCGUCUGUACCAGAAGGCCCUGAAACAUGCCCUGAAGGACUCGGCCUGUGUGCCACUCCUGGGUGUCUUUCUGCAGACCACUGCUGUCAUCAACUCCAUAGCACAUGUCGACCCGGGGCAGGUAACAACAAGGGAGCUACGGUCUGUUAGGAGAGAACAACAGGCCAGAGAACGAGGAAUAACACUGACUGAACGGGAGCCAGCCGACUUGUUGGCCAGCAUGACUGAGGAAGAGAAGAAUUUACUCAUCCGUGUGAUCAGAAAAUGGAAAGAGCAAAGGGCACUUAGACUCGAGAGAGAUGCUCAAAGAAAAAUCAGAGACGCCACUGAAAUGCCAACAGAGGAGCCAAAGGGAUGGUGGCAAAGAAGAAAAUUCAGAAGAAAUUCCAAGAAAAAAGUAGCAAUGCAGCCCGAAGCAAAGAAAUCUUGGAUCGGAUGGAUGUCAAAGGAAACCUCUGUCAUAAAGGAAGAGUCGGGGGGACACAGAACAGGAGAGGGACAUUCUUUCUUGAAGAGCACCUUCAAUCUUGACAAGUGGGGCCAGCUCCUGCAGGGCUUGCCAACAGAGCACAAAACUUGGUCCCCAACUUCCCGCUCAUGGGGCAAGAGGCACCAGGAGGACCAGUCCAUUCUCCCUACAGGGGUGUCAUCCCACCAUCACAUCCUCGACUCAGACAAGAAUCUGGACCAUGAGUUGGAGAUCGCCCACCAUGAUGACAUUCACGACAACGACCUGGAAGUGUCAAGGUACAAGUCUGUUGACAAAAAAAAGAUUCUGGCCCUUGCAUUUGGAUCUGCAGACAGUGAUGAUGAUGAUGAUAUCCCUGCUAACUUGGCACACAAACCUUUUGAGAUGCUGCAGCAAUACCAGAUGUCUGCUGUCCAGUACAGACAUGAGAGUGACCCUGCAGUUCGUGACUUCCUCCUGAGGGCAGACUACAACACAGAGACAGACAACUAUCGACUGUCACACGAGAGAGAGCCAUCCCACAACAUGUCAUGACCAUACAAGACCCUCACCACAUCCGUCUUUCUUUCUUUAUUUUAUUUUUUAAUAUGAUGAUGAUGAUUUGUUUAUCAAGCAUUACCAGCAUGCUGGCAGAACGUACUGCGCCUAAGCUAAACAUGCAAUGUAUUGUGCAAAGCACUUCGGCAGAAUGUCUCAUUUAAGGUUCUGUUUGCAUAUUUAAGGAUGACAUCCCAUCUGUAGUUUUCAAAUGUUGUGUCAGAAAAGAUAUGCAAAAUUCUGAUGCAACAUCCAAUGAAAACCAUGAAUAAUCUUGGAUUUGCACAGGCGCAGUGCAUUCCGCUAAUGUGACAAUAUUGCAUAUGAUUUAAUUUAUCCCUUGUCAUUAAUGAAACAUGCUUACGCAGUGGCUAUAAUGCUAUAAGCUUUUAAUGUGUCCACU